AUGCAAUCGACAUCAGGAGUUCCUUCGAAAAUUGUCAUUCUCGGCAAUUCGAAAAUGUCUCUGAAUGAAAGAUUCGGAAGUCUUCCGAAGCCGAUUGUUGUGAAGAAACGUCCGAGAACUAUUCAGCGCCCGGCACAAAAGAUUAUUCAGGAAAUUUACGAGGAAGAAAUUCCAAUUCAAUAUGUGCAGAAACCAAUUCGCAGAUUCAGACAACCACAACAAUUCCGGCACGUUCCGAUUGAGAAUCGCCUUUCGAUCGUAAGACCUCUUAAGACAGUGCCACAGAGACAUUUUGUCAAUCGAUUCCAUCCAAGUAACAAAACCCAUUAUAGAAAUUAUGGUCCGCAUAAUCAGAAGCCAUUUAACAAAAGACAGCCGCAAGUUUUCACUAGGAAUCCGCGAUUCAAAAAGCCUAAUCAGCAAGCGAAGGCUCCGAUCUCGAAGAAAACUGUUGAGCAGCUCGACAGAGAGCUUGAUGAGUAUAUGAAACGAUCUAAACACACUCCUAUUAGAAUGGAUUUUUAA